AUAGAUCUUUUCCGCUAGUUUCGUUUCUGGUCAUUCUGUGUGAGGUACAGUAGCUAGCCUAUAGUAGACCACACAUUGCUUGGAGGAAAGAAGAAGAGUCGCGUCUCCAGUCCCAGCAACGUUUUGCAGAAGCUCCUCCCUCACCGCAGCUGCCUGAACAUGUAUACAUAUGCGAUGCAUUAGCCGUGGAAGCAGAAGGGUUUCGGUGACUACAAAGGAAUUACUUAGGCAAAACAGACAAGGUCGCACAGUUUGUUCGCAAGUGGUAGGAUAAAUCGGGAAGUACAAGUUUACUUUCUCUGGAUUAUUGUUUGCGAAACAAAGGUUGUGGCUAUCUCCGUACAUGCAAGGAUCUAACGUUAGCAAGUUGGCGUGAGAGUAACUUCAGCAGAAAUACUCGGAAGAAAUGUCUGCAACAAUUCUGUCUGAUUUCUACGACAUCGACAUGCUGUACAAGCAGGAGAAAUGCCUUAAUAUGAAUGCAUUUCUUGACAAGAAGGCGGUGGGUGUUCCACUGAGUAAGUCAAAUACCACCAACAGUUGCUCCUACACGCGGGGUUUUUCCCGAAGUAAUUCGACCAGCAACGUGGACUCUGUUAUUAACAGCAACAAGUAUUCAGGCAACCCUUGCAGCAACCUCGUGGAGAGCUCAACUGCCAUGAUGAACAAGGAGAACAAGUUCCGGGGCCGCGCGUACAGCGAGAGCGGAGAGCGCAGCCAGCAGCUGCGGGAGCUCCUGCAGCAGAAACACGGCUCUCAGAUUAACUCUACCCGAUACAAAACCGAGUUGUGCCGCCCAUUCGAGGAGAACGGAACAUGCAAAUACGGAGAGAAGUGUCAGUUCGCUCACGGGUAUCACGAGCUGAGAAAUCUGUCUCGUCACCCAAAGUACAAAACUGAACGCUGUCGUACAUUCCACACUACUGGCUACUGUCCAUACGGGCCCCGCUGCCAUUUUAUCCACAACGCUGACGAACGCAGACCCGUGCCCACCAAUGCAAACCUACAGGGAGAACCGAAGCUGGCUCGUGAGCUGUGCGGUUUUGGGCAGCACGUUCAUUUCAAUGACAGACCAAAGCUGCACCAUAGCCUAAGUUUCUCCGGGUUUGCCAGCGACAGCGGACUUCAGUCAGCCUUUGAGGGUCACACAUCACGCACACCUCCCCCAUCCUACUCGCACCCCUGCUCCUCAAAUAUCUACGAGGACACCCUUUCUCCCAUCCCUCUGUCAUGUGUGAACGGCUCCCUAUGUCUACCUGGACAUGAUCUGAAGGCCCUGCUCGCCCCGCUGGCGAUUCCGGAGCAGAACGGUUAUGACCAGCACGGUUGUGGCUUCUACGGAAACCUACAGGCCGACGUUUGCCCAACUUCUCCCCAGUAUAGAAUCUCUCUGCGACGCCUUUCCGAGUCGCCAGUGUUCGAUUCACCCCCAAGUCCACCUAACACCCCAUCAGACCGGGAGAGCUGCGUGAGCGGGUCCCGCAGCUCUUCUGGGAGUCUCAGUGGCUCUGAAUCGCCAAGUUUGGAUGCAGGAAAACGUUUGCCAAUCUUCAGCAGGCUGUCGAUUUCUGAUGACUGACGAGCUAGAUUAAUUCGUGUUGGCUGUCGUUAUCUAUAUGGCGUUGAGUGACGCCAUAUGAGAAACGUUUGCAGAACGGUAACGGCAUUAGUAUGCUAAUACAAAGCUAACGAUAUAUCUGCGAACAUAAAGUGCAUUCCAUAUGUAGUCAGUUCGUCUAAUGCAACCUGCGUAAAGUUUGUAAAUGCCAGAUUUAUAUUCUACAAGUUUAUAACGACUUUUAAUAUUCUACCAUGAAUAUGCCUUAGUGUAAGUACAUGUUUUCAAACUUGUUAGUUCAUGAAACUUUCCAAACUUCCAUUCCAAAGUUUGACGCAGAACGCCACACAGUGGCCUUGGUUCGUUAGUGCAGCUUGUUGGUUAAAAAGCACUGUUCAUAUUGGGGAAAUCAACGCAGAUGGUUCAGAAUAUUUUUUUAGCUGUUGAUUAUUUAGCGUUCGCAAUUUGCUAUGAAACUAUUUAACUUAUUUAUUACAUUGAGUAUAGGCUACGUCAGAAUUUUGUUUGUCCAUACUAUAUUUAUCAAGUAUGAAGCAAUAGAUCAGUAUUCUUGUUUAAAUUAUGAUUGCCAUUAUUAAUCUGCAGAACGUGAAGUGUCCUUUCACAGUAAUAUAUUUUUUGUUACUUCACUUGGUUAUUUUAUUGUAAAUGAGAUCUUAAUUUAAGCGAUUGUAUGUAAUAUUUAUUUCAUUAAUUUUGUUUUCAUGUUUACGUUUAUAUAAUGAUCUUUGUAAUUUACUUGGGAGGUCUGGCUUCAAAGUGUUUUGGGUGGAUCUCUGGAAUGUAAAGGAGGUUUGCAGGCCGUCCCAAUUCGAAAACUUUUAAGGGGUGUUUUUUUUUUUUUUUUUCUUCGUUUAUUUACUUUGUCAAUUUUUGGUGACAGACCCCCUAGUUAAAAGUAAAUUGGCCCCAAAAAUAGUGUUUUGUAUGAGAUCACACUGUGAUUCACGCCACGUGCCAUAGGAUGUAGCAGUCCCUUGUGUCCUAGUGUUAUGGUGCUGUAGCACCCACAGGCCUUUGGAAUCUUAAGUGCCUGAAGAUUGUCCAGGUGCAGUGUUGGUUAACCGUUCUAUAUAUUCAAGUCCUGUGAAUUGAAUGUAUUGUGUUGAUAUGCUGAAGACAUUGCCACCUGACCCCACCCAUUUGUCUUUCUGAUAUUAUAUAUUCUUUGUAAACCAGCUAUUUUUUAUUUUAUUUUUAAAGCUGGUAAUCUUUGCCUUUUGUUUUCUUCUCCCAUUCCUAAACACUUUAUUUAAAUUAAAACAUUUUGUUCCAUGUAGAUUUGAAAGUAAGAAUCUUCCAUGAUUGUCGGAUUUGUACUUUGAGGGGGAGGCGGGGGGUCUGGAUCUUGUCUGUACAUAGUUGGUACACGGGAUGCAUACUAUGUACUUUGACUACUUUAUCAGGAGUAAAGCUUUUUUUGAAUGUAAGAAAAACAAAUUGGAUGAAGACACAAGUUGCAAUGCACGUUUUUCCGGGAGACUGUUCACUCCAAGCUGAGUGCGACUAAAUGUGCUGUACAUCUUUGUCGUUCUCCCAAAUAAAAGCAUUUUUGGAAA